CACUCACUCACUUCCCUCACACUCACUUUUCACUCAGCUACCCAAGAUGGCGGCAGCGUCAUCCAUCCAACCGCCGAGCGUUCACUCUUCUCUUGCCGGGGACGGCACACUUUCCCCGGGGAUGGACAGCCCAGAGACCCGGCAGCCGGAGGACGAGGAGGCGGCGGCCGCAGCAGCGCGGCCGUCGGACUCUGAGAUGUGCCUCCGCGACCUGCCGGAGCUGGAGCCGGAGGAGAUCGAGAAGAGGCUGGCCAAAACUCGCCAGGAGCUGAGCAACAGGAGGAAAAUCCUCAUUAAGAAUCUGCCGCCUGACACCACUAACCAGGAAGUCCAUGAGAUCCUGAAAGAAUAUGAGCUGAAGUACUGCUUUGUGGACCGCAACAAGGGCACAGCCUUUGUGACUUUGCUGAACGGGGGCCAGGCUCAGGAUGCCAUCCGCUCCCUCCACCACAGCACUGUCCGGGGGCGUCUGAUCAAUGUCACGCUGCAGCCCACCGACUCCAUGCUCUGCCUCACCAACCUGCCCCACACCUUCACCGCCCAGCAGCUGGAGGAGAUGGUGCGCGCCUAUGGGAACAUUGAGCGCUCCUUCCUGGUGUACAGCCUUCUGACGGGCCACUCCAAAGGAUAUGGGUUUGUUGAAUACAUGAAGAAGGAUUCCGCUUCACGGGCCCGCUCGGAGCUGCUGGGCCGACCAAUAGAGGAUCGCUCAUUGAUGGUGCAGUGGAUGGACGUCAACCAGCUGGGCCAAGAGGAGAACCUCCACUCCAGGUGUCUGUGUAUCAACCGGCUGCCGCUGGACCUGUGUGACUCUGAGGAACUCACCCAGCUCUUCUCAAAAACAUACAAACCUGUCUUCUGUCAACUCGCUCAGGAUGAGGGCAGCCCCGUCCGAGGCUUCGGUGUGGUGGAGUACGAGAGCGCGGAGCAGGCGGAGGCCGUGCUGAUAGAGAUGGACCGAACUCUGGUGGGAGGACAGGAGGUCCGGCUGUCCCUCUGCAGCCCCGGCACCACAGGGAGAAGCACCCUGGCUGCACUCAUCGCCGCCCAGGGUAUGAUUCUGAGUAACAGGAAAGGUUUGCUACCAGAACCCAACAUAGCUCAGCUGUUGACCAGCAUGACGAACCCCGCUGCCCUGCAGAUCCUCAUGAGGCCGUACCACACCGGGAAAAGAGGAGGGAAAUACGGGCGUCACGCCAACCUGCCGUUCCUCAGACCCCCUCUCACCACUGCUCUGCUCACACUGGGAAAAGCACACCAGAAUGCUUUGCUUGGUAAUGGACUUGUCCUCCAGAACCUUUUGCAUAUGCAGCUCGCACAGCAACAGCUUCUUCACAUCAAAGACAAACGCAUUAGCAGCGUCUGCAGUCUGCUCGGGGACCCGUCCCGGCUGCUGAUACAGAAAGCGUUGUCUAUGCGGCCUCCAGGCCUGGUGCCGCUGGGAAAAGGCCUCCUGGGAGACUCUCCUACUGAGUUGGGCCAGGAGUCUGUGCAAUUGUCUACCCACAAUGCCUCAGUAGUGGUAUCUGCAGCAGGUGUGAUGCCAUACCUCCAGGGUCGAGCUGGAGAACAAAACAGCAACCAUGCUAUCUCCACACACCCUUCUGCUUCCUUCUCCUGUGACAGGCAGCCCGCUCCCCCUGGGACCCUGGGCGGCUGCCACCCCCAGGGACAGGGCUACUCCCUGGGCAUCACUCACUCAGGCCUCGGCCCACCUCCAGGAGGGGUUUAUACGUCAGCAGGCCAGCACAGCAGCUCAGACGGCUGCCCCCUGGCUAGCAUGGCAAGCAAUGGCCAGGGCUCUCUGUUGGGUGAUCCUCCUAAAGAAGUCAGAAUGCCCUCCAAUCCCUACCUGAACCUGGCCAGUGUGAUGCCGGGAGUGGUUCUGCAAGGGUCAGUGGGGAGUAAAGCACAGGGAGGCCCGCCUGGCUCCGGGGUGUACGGCAGCCCGGUGGGCCCCGUGGUCUCCCAGGGGUCCGGCUCCUACUCCCACAGCGCCGCAGCUACAACCACAGCCCAAUACACCACAGAUACCUCCAAUGACUACAGCCAAUACAACCAGGCCUACACACAGGAGGCCAUGCAGCAGUGGUACCAGCACUACCAAGCACAAGCUCAGAGCUACAGCGCCGCCGCUCAGCAGAACAACACGGCCACAGACUACAGCAAGGAGCACACACAGGCUCCUCCAGUGACCACCUAUGGGGAUUACAACUCCUACAUGCAGGCUGUCACUCAGUACUACUCUCAGCCUGCUGCAGCCAGCCAGGCCUACGUCAGCAAGGAGGUGGAUGUGUGUAAGCCUCUAGGAGUGUCUCUGCACCCAGUCAGUAACGGCGCCCCCCCUCCCACGGCCAUCCUGCCAGCUGCUGCCGUGCUCCCUGCCUACAGCACCCUGCCUUUAAUGCCCGGCUUCCUGGGGGCGCCACACCCUGCAGCCGCCGCACCCAGCCCCGUCACACACCCUGCAGCCCCCGACUGGAACACCUACUACUACAACCAGACACGGGGUCAUAAGAGGGAGUACCCUCAGCUGGCGGUGCAGGAAGUGACAGCAUCAGACGGCGCCUACAUCGGGCAGCACUCCCAGGGCCUUGGAGGGCAGUACGCUGACUACUUUAAGAGGAAGAGGCUCUAAAAUGAACCAAACCACCUUGAAGCCUAAAGCUUAUGGAGGGAAUACGCUGGAUGCCACAGCUCCCUCUAGUGGCCUUUCUGUGGCUGCCAUUUUGCAUCCCUACAGUAGGUAUUGAGUUUAAUAGAAUUAGGGGUUGCAAAUGGCUCAAGUGAAAGUAAGCCAUAGUGCUCUUCUUUGAUCCUGGCACUUAUGUACACACACACACACACACACACACACACACACACACACACACACACACACACACACACACACACACACACACACACACACACACUCAGAAACACACACACACACACACACAUAGCCACAAACACGGUGUUGCUUUUGUCCUGUUCAAGCCUUAACUUUACUCUUUAACUAAACUGUUGUUUCUCAGUCAAUGUGUGAACUGUACUCAAAUAAUAUUAUCUUGUACAUUUUUCUAAUAUAAUGUAAACUAAAGUAUACUGUAUCUGUACGUAUAAGCUGCUUUUGUAUCUGCAGCCAGGCGACCUGUGUGUCUGCCAGCUGAAACUGUCAGGUCUCUCUCUCUCUCUCUCUCUCUCUCUCUCUCUCUCUCUCUCUCUCUCUCUCUCCUCUCUCUCUCUCUCUCCUCUCUCUCUCUCUCUCUCUCUCUCUCUCUGCUUUCAAACCCGCGCUUUGAUCCGUCAGUCGAGCUGACAUCUGUUUGUACCCGCUUCAGUGUCUUUUCUUUGUAUUGCCCAGGUUUCCUCUUUUAUAUCUCCCCCCGUGGAUAUUAAAGGUGGGGUAGGUACGUUUGAGAAACCGGCUCGAGAUACACUUUUUGAUAUAUUUCAUGAAAUGCUCUUAACAUCCCGAUAGCAAUGAAUAUCUUAAGUCCUUUGACAAAAAUCCAUGAAAAAAUAUCCUCAGUGGAAGCCGUAGUACUGUAAAAAGCACGACCAAUCAUUUUAGCCGGCCCGGCUAAAGUAACUGGAUGGCCUACCUGCCUGUCAGCCUUCCAUCUGGGCACAAACUUAUCUCGUGCCCUCAUUGGUCAUGUGCACGUUCAUGUGUGUUGGAGGAGGGGCUCUGUAAGGAAGUGGCUGAUUUUUUCCGGCUGUGUAUUUUCAAACUCUAGCGCACUCGAGCUGGUUUCUCCAAAAUGACCUACCCCACCUUUAAGAGUGUGUGUGCGUGUGUUUAUGCCUGUUGAUAUGCUGUUUCUGUGGGAAGUGUCAGCCAUUUCAAUCCCAAGGUUUGGGAGCACAUCAGGAAAAAAGAGAAAGGGCCUGAUCCAAUCAAGGCCCUUUAUUGUGGUGACUUUACAAUAGCUUCCCUUAUCGAAUGGACCUUUCUUUAUAAAGACAGGACAGAAAAUAAAAGGCUGCUGUAAAUACAGUGUGUAAUACAGAAUAUAUAAAGCCAUGCGUAACAGACAAUAUUACAAUGAUAAACGUUUCCCAGCUCUUUUGAGCGUAUUGUACUACACGACUGACAGGAACACAUUUACUGCGUGUACAACCCUUUUUUUUAAUCUAUAGGCCUACUGUUAUAUCUUUGUAAUAUAAUAUAAUAAUAUUCCAAGGCAAUUUAUCAAUAUUGAAUCAAAUUGUGUUAAAUGUAUUUAUCUGGUUUGGUUUUUAACAUUAAGCCAAAUAUUAGAAGUCCUUUCUCUUCUAUCUCUCUGUCGUAACAGAUUGGGGUGUUUUUGGGAAGAUCUGUCGGAUUGUAACAGAAGCGUUACUUUUAUUUCUAGCUGCAAUUUGAAUAUUAAGCCUGCCAGUUUGUCCUAAAUCAAUACUACAUACUGACUCAAAGCUGUUUUGUAUUAUGUAGUUUGCACUGUUAAAGUGCCAAAGGAAAGUAUUUUAAAACCACUUAGUAUGUAUUUGAAAAACACACAAAUUGAGCAGCUUUCCAAAGAUUGGAGAAAAGAAUCAAACAAUUGGUUGAUAGUUGUGAAUCAUCUCCAGAAUUAAAACCAAACAAAUCAAUCUUUUGAAAAACAUGAAGCUUCUGUGUGAAUGAUGGUGAUAUUCCAAAUUUCCCGUCACUAUCAAAUAUGUUUUUGUAUAUUGUUUACCACAGUAUACUAAAAAUACAUAGUAUACAAUAAAUAUGUAUAUGUUCUUGUGGUAUAGUGUGAGAUUGGGACACAUUUAAUUUCGUUUUUGGGACUUUAGUAUCAAACAUUUGUAGCUCUUUUCUUGCUUUUUGCUCAUCACAUGCUACUAUAACGAGCCACUGUGAUAUUUACUUUAGUUUUUAUCAAUGGGCAGUUUUUAUAGAGAAAAAGCAACUAUUACCUAUGAUCUUCCCGUAGCUCAUUUCUUGCCAACUGUUUUUAAAACCUAACAGAUAAUGUUUGUAUGCAUACUUUGUGAAAAUAGGCUAGUUAGAUGCUUUGAUUUGUUAGAGCAAAGGCUGUGAAUUAUACUCCAUGUCCACAAGGUUUGAUGUUGUUCAUUUAGGAGAGGGAUUGGUAUUUUAAUAUUACGGCAUUGACAUUAGCUUUUCUUUUAUGUGCACAAACCGGCAAUAACUAAAGCUCCUGUAGAAAGUUGAAUGUAAAAUGUAAAUUUUUCUAAAUUCCUCACACAGUAUUAAACUCCUACGUAAUGGUAA